UUCAUUAUAGUAUGCACUGGCACAAAUUUAGCUGCGCUCGUGGUGUUUUGUAUCUCGUUUGCCCUCGUGCUGGCUCGUAUUAUCGAGUUAAACUCGGUUUGGUCUCACUCCUCCAGUCCUGUCACGGUCUUGUGUCUGAUUGGCUCCUUUUUUGGCUCCUAUUAUUGUUUUUGGCUCCUUUAUUUACGUGAUAAACAAUGGACCAUCCCCUCUCUUCCAUCUUCCGUCUCUCUCUCUCUCUCUCUCUCUCUCUCUCUCUCUCUCUCUCUCUCAGCUCCCGACUCUAUUUAUAGCACAGUCCCACCCCUCCCCUGUCGCUCGGCAGCUAUUUCCAGCAGCCUGAAGCAGCUCCAGUCUGUUUGUAAACUCCACGUCUCUAUACCUCUGCUCUCUCGUUCGCCGUGCACCGCGGGUGAGGGUGCAGAGAUUCGGCUUUGAACAAUUACAUAAAAGCAACACAGUCGCACUAAACGGAGCUGUCGGACGGUUCACUUUAAGCCUAUUCAUCAGGAGAGCGACUUGUACGGAGAGGCGAGGGGAAGGAAGGAACAGAGGGAGCGGUAGGCAAAAGUCUCCCAGUGAUCGUCUCUCCCGUUCUGUCGCUUUCAUCUCGUCCCGUCGCAUUUCGUCAUGGGGAAGUCGCUCUUUCGGAGUCCGCCGAUACCACAUGUGUGACUUCAGGAUCCAGGCACGCUCAGACCGGGGUCUUGGAUACAAGCCACACUUGGACUUGUCGGUGUGAAUUAGCAGUUUGUUUCUGACAUCGACAAUUAGACAAGAAGGUUUGUGUGGCCGUAAAGCUGAUAGUUUGAGUGGACGAUUUAAGGAUUUGUCUGCAGCGGAUACCUGUUCUGAUUGCAUUUGUUUAUUUUUAUUUUUUGUUUUAGGACCAUGGAAUUAACAGGCAAAGCGGUUGUCGAUUUUUUGCAUGCAUGUACCUUUCGAUAAAGGACGCGCUGCUUUUUUCCCCUCUUGCUUCAAAUGUGUUAACUUUUUUUAGAUGGAGAGUGGGUUGACAUCUCCUUUUUCAUGUUAAUUUGUUUUUGCAUUAAUUGAGUGGCGAUAUUUUGAGACUGGCAUGCUUUUGAAGCCAACCGUACCGGGACUGUGCGCGAUGUUGCAGACGAUCUAUGAGACAGAAUCCUGCUUCUCUUCAGACAGCACAUCCAGCAGAGAGCGACCCGUGGAGCUGCUUUCUCAGUCCAGAAGCACCAGCAUGCCCAGCACCGCAGUGGAUGUGAAGACCUUGCUCCCCUCUGGGAUGCAGAGUCCGGUGGGAGGUGGAGGAGAUCAGGGCGGAGGCAGCGGAGGGCCGGUGGACCUGCGUACGGACCCGCGUCUGAGUGCGCUAAGCACGGUGGACCCGGCGCUGAGGGAAAAACAGCUACAGCACGAGCUGCUCUUGCUCAAACAACAACAAGAGCUUCAGAAACAGCUAUUGUUCGCCGAGUUCCAGAAGCAGCAUGAGGUUUUGACGCGCCAACAUGAAGUGCAGCUACAGGAACAUCUGAAGCAACAGCAGGAGAUCCUUGCCGCAAAGCGUCAGCAGGAGCUGGAGCAGAAGAGGAAAUUGGAACAGCAGCGUCACGAAGAGAUGGAGAAGCAGAGACUGGAGCAACAGCUUAUCAUGCUACGGAACAAAGAGAAGGGCAAAGAGAGUGCUAUCGCCAGUACUGAGGUCAAACUGAAGCUGCAGGAGUUCCUGUUGAGCAAAAAGGAACCCGGCCCCGGUGGACUCAACCAUUCCUUCCCCCAGAAGUGCUGGGGGGCUCACCACGCAUCCCUGGAGCAGAGCUCCCCUCCACAGAGCAACACCUACAAACUCCCCCCACUGUUAGGGUCCUAUGAAGGCAAGGAUGACUUCCCUCUCCGUAAGACCGCGUCUGAGCCCAAUCUGAAGGUACGUUCACGGUUAAAACAGAAGGUGGCUGAGAGGAGGAGCAGCCCACUUCUUAGACGGAAAGAUGGUACUGUGAUCAGCACCUUCAAGAAAAGGGCGAUUGAGAUCUCAGUGUCCUCUAUGUGCAGCAGUGCUCCUGGCUCGGGUCCCAGUUCUCCGAACAGCUCUAACUGUGCCAUUGCCGAGAAUGGCUCCAGCGGAUCCGUCCCAAACAUCCACGCUGAGCAGUUGCGUUCUCUGCAUCAGUCUUUGACUGGAGAUGGGACACCGAGUCCCCUUAGCCUCUACACCUCUCCAUCUCUGCCCAACAUCUCUCUUGGACUGCCUGCCAACGCGCACAUCACGGCUCCUCAGAAACUCAGUGCCCAGCAGGAGGCAGAGCGGCAGACAAUCCAGAGUUUGCUUCAAGGUGGGGCACUGACAGGGAAGUUCAUCAGCACAUCGUCCCUGCCGACGUGCCUUCCCACCGGGGCACCCCAUGACCCCGAGCCCCCUUCCGCUUCUAAUAGUCACAGUAGCCAUUCCUCGCUGCUCCAGCACGUCCUACUGCUGGAGCAGGCUCGUCAACAGAGCGCACUUCUCGCAGUUCCCAUGUAUGGGCAAUCUCCGCUGGUAACGGGUGAGCGGGUGUCCAACAGCAUGCGUACAGUGAAUAAGUUGCCUAGGCACCGGCCACUGAGCCGUACCCAAUCAGCGCCCCUGCCGCAAACACCACAGGCCCUGCAGCACCUCGUAAUGCAACAGCAGCACCAGCACUUCCUCGAGAAACAGAAACACUACCAGCUAAAUAAGAUCCUCUCCAAAGGGGCGGAGCUUCCAAGGCAGCCUCCCACGCACCCCGAGGAGACGGAGGAGGAGCUUACAGAAACCGCAGAGAUGCAGGACGAGCGAGGGGAGGGCCUUGAUCACGUAAGGGAGGGGUUACAGAAAGAGAGCUCUGGCGAGACCACACCCCCUUCGGAACGUCUGGUUCCGUUGAAGGGAGAAAGCACAGAAAGUGACUUGGAGGAAGAUGAUGAUGAAGACGAAGCCAUUGAACUGAGGGAAUGUGAUGAAGAGGGCGCCCCCUAUGGCCAGGUGAGAAAUUACAGCUUUUUUUUAUACAGGAUCAGGGGAAGGAAGGCCACACUAGAUGAAAUCCAAACUGUGCAUUCUGAGUACCACACGCUGCUCUACGGCACCAGUCCACUGAACCGACAGAAGCUGGACAGCAAGAAACUUUUAGGUCCAAUAAGUCAGAAAAUGUACGCUGUCCUACCAUGUGGAGGCAUUGGGGUGGACAGUGACACAGUGUGGAACGAGAUGCACUCGUCAGGAGCUGUCCGGAUGGCGGUGGGCUGCGUCAUUGAGCUGGCAUUCAAAGUUGCUGCUGGAGAACUGAAGAACGGGUUUGCAGUGGUCCGUCCUCCUGGUCAUCACGCGGAGGAAUCAACCGCCAUGGGUUUCUGUUUCUUCAACUCAGUGGCCAUCACUGCCAAACUCCUGCAGCAGAAACUCGGGGUGGGCAAGAUCCUGAUCAUAGACUGGGAUAUUCACCAUGGAAACGGGACCCAGCAGGCCUUCUAUAAUGACCCCAAUGUGUUGUACAUUUCCCUGCACCGUUAUGACGAUGGCAACUUUUUCCCAGGCAGCGGAGCUCCUGAGGAGGUGGGUGUAGGUCCAGGAGAGGGCUUUAAUGUCAACAUUGCCUGGACAGGUGGAGUGGAGCCACAUAUGGGCGAUGUGGAGUCUCUAACUGCCUUCAGAACGGUGGUGAUGCCCAUAGCCAAUGAGUUCUCCCCGGAUGUAGUGCUAGUGUCAGCUGGCUUUGACGCUGUGGAGGGCCAUCAGUCCCCCCUGGGUGGAUAUAAUGUCACCGCCAAAUGUUUCGGCCAUCUCACUAAGCAGUUGAUAAAGUUGGCUGGUGGCCGUGUGGUUUUGGCGCUGGAAGGAGGGCACGACCUCACUGCCAUCUGUGAUGCAUCUGAGUCUUGCGUGGCUGCAUUGCUUGGAGACGAGUUGGAUCCUCUACCACUGGCAGUGCUUCAACAGAAACCAUGUCCAAAAGCCACAGCCUCUUUAGAGAGGGUCAUUGAGAUUCAGAGUAAACACUGGAUGUCUCUGCAGAGGUUGGCUACUACAGUGGGUCAGUCUCUACUGGACGCUCAGAGACGGGAGAAGGACGAGGCAGACACUUUGACCGCCAUGGCCUCUCUCACUGUGGACAACGAUCAGCAAAAGACCUCCACAGAAACCAGCAGAUCAGCAGAGGAGCCGAUGGAGGAGGAGCCCGUGUUGUAGAAGAGCGAGUACAGUGCAUCACUGCUCCAACCUUCUUGUCCACGUGUGCUUGGCACUGGUCACGCCUCAUGUUCCUCCUCCCAGCUCUUUGAUUGGUUCCCUCGGUCCUUCACUCAUUUCCAGGUGCUUAACUGACACAUUCACAGCCCACCCACUUUCGCUUUUCUGAGGUUAAAGCAUAGCAAACUGUUGCCGAAAGGGGACGACAAGGCAUGAUGAGUAAUUACAGGACCACUCCAGUGAGGGUUGCGCAGCUGGACCGGCCGAACAAUGGAGUGCUCUUCAGAGAGAGGCCUUUGAUUUCAUUUUCUCAUUGUAUUGGACUGAGGACGUAAAGAAGAAAAUGCAAAAAAAAAA